AUGGGAAGCAUCUUGGAGAACUGCUUAAGAAGGCGAGAUGCUGGCUUGUUAAACCAGCUGCAGGAACUGGACAAGCAGAUCAGUGAUCUGAGGUUGGAUGUUGAAAAAACAGCAGACGAACACCUGGAGACAGACAGUCGUCCCAGCUCAGGGUUUUAUGAACUCAGCGAUGGAGCUUCCGGCUCACUUUCCAACUCCUCCAACUCCGUUUUCAGCGAGUGUCUGUCGAGCGGCCACUCCAGCACUUGCUUCUGCAGCCCUUUGGAUGCCUCCCUGAACAGCUCCGAUGGACGUCCCAAGUCCGCAGAUCUAAUUGGUUGGCUGGAAUAUAACAAAGGGGGCCAGCCUGAAGACCAGACGGUGGGGAUGGUCUCGUCUCCGGCCACGCCGUACUCGAAUUCCCUUGACGUGCUGGCAGAUAUACACCCAAAAUAUCAGUGUGACUUGGUGUCCAAAAACGGGAAUGACGUAUACCGUUAUCCUAGCCCCUUGCAUGCAGUGGCAGUGCAGAGUCCUAUGUUUCUCCUUCCGGUCCUCAGCAGCCCUCCGCGGGAAGGAGAAGAGAAAGCCAGUGACAGCGUGGUCAGGGUUUGUCCUGGACCUGAUCUGGACACGGUGAAACCGGGACCUUCUGUUCCCCCACACAACUCUCAGGCUGCACCCUGUCCGGCGACCAGCAGGAAGAUGGAUGGUUACAUCUUGAGCCUUGUGCAGAAAAAGACCCCUUCAGUGAGGACUAACAAGCCAAGAACAAACCUGAACGCAGACCCAGCCAAAGGGAUUUUGAGACACGGGAGUCUGUGUGUUCGGCAGGUGGCGGCCGUUGCCCAGAACAACACCUCGAGCCUUAAGAACUUGAGUCAGGCCUUUCCGUCCCCUGGUGGAACCGCUGCUCUCCUGGAUAAUGGUGCCUUUUCUCCCUUAAAGCAGCACGCAAAGGAAACGGAGCUUCUGGAGACCCAAAAGACAGCGCUGCCUCCAGGCUUUCCACCAAAUGCUAAUCAUGAGCUUCCAAGCAAACACCCCAUAAGGAGUGUCAAACCUCCAGAGGCGACGCGGUGUUCUGUGGCGACCAAGGCGGAUGUCAUGAAGGAAAGUGGCCAGUCCUUUGCGGCUUGUCCUAAAGAAAGCCCCUGUCGCCAUACAACACUCCUGAAGGAGAGCAAAGCCACCCAGCUCCCCAAAAAGAUACUGUUUAAAAACAAUGGGACGCAGGCAGCUCUCUCUGAUCCUCCGUCUCAGGAGCCCAGGCUUCCCCUGGAGUUCAAGAAUGAAGGGUUGUCUCCUCAGAGCCUGGAAGAGGGGUUACUGGUGAAUGCCCAGUACAUACCAGCUCAGCCACAAACAGUCAGGCUCCACAAGGGCAGUAGGAGCGUCAAAAUUCUCAAGAGCUCCUUGACGAAACACAGGCCCCAUCUUGUCACGGUGCUGGAAAAUGGGCCGCCGCUUGGAAGGGAGAAAGGAAAAUCUGUCAGCAAAAAGUGCCGAUUCCCAGAAGACCUGGAGACGCUAAAAAAGCCGAAAAAGGUGGCCUCGCGAGGCAGGAGAAGCCACCACUUGCUCCCUGAGGCCGGCCUUCCAGGUCGGCCCCCUGGUGUCCUUAAAUCUGCACUGAGGCCCCACGGCCGUGAGCCAGUGGUAGCCAAACCUAAGCACAAGCGGGCGGAUUAUCGUCGCUGGAAACUUUCGGCAGAGGCGUCUUACGAAGAGGCCCUCAGGAGGGCGAGGAGGAACCGGAGAGAAGCCGCCGGCGUCUACUCCCAGGUUCCCCACCCUUACAACAGCCCGUAUGCCUACAUGGCUAGCGAUUCGGAAUAUUCGGCGGAAUGCGAAUCCCUUUUCCAUUCCACGGUGGUGGACACGAGCGAGGAUGAAAAAAGUAACUAUACCACCAACUGCUUUGGGGACAGCGAGUCUAGCUUGAGCGGGGUGGAGUUUGUGGGGGAAAGCACGACAACCAGUGACUCGGAUGAGAGCGGGGGAUUUAUUUGGUCCCAGUUCGUCCAGACGCUUCCCAUCCAGGCAGUGGCCGCUCCUGAGCUCCAUGAAAACGCUGCCAAAACGUUUGUUAAGAUCAAAGCUUCGCACAACCUGAAGAAGAAGAUUCUGCGCUUUCGGUCUGGGUCUCUCAAACUGAUGACCACGGUCUAAAUGCAUCAUGAGUCAUAAAAGAGGGACAGGGAGGUUGAUGGUAAUCACACACCCAUGGCUACUGGGAAGACCAUGUGUGUGUUUAAAGAGAUAAUGUGCACCAGGUUUUGGGGAAGAUUCUGUGGGGUGUUUGUUCAGCGCACGGAAACCAUGCAGGUCAUGCCAGGCUAUGGCUUCCACAUCACCUGAGAAGAUGCUUUCUAAGUACAGGAUCCUUUAACUUGCAAGAAGUAGGGUUUCAGAGUCAUUCGUGCUGACAGCAGCCUUUUCAGGUGACCCACGGCAUGCGCGUUGAGGGCAAUGAGCACAACAAGACCCUGUGCAGCUGUUGAGUGAAGGUGGCAAACCUUUCUCGCUGCCCUUGAGUGUCAGAAUAGGGAGCCUCUGACCAUUUUAGAAUCCCAGUUUGGCCCAUUGGGAUUCCCCCGAUGGCCAUGCCCUUGACACCACUGAUGGUUGAUCUCUUGGCUUUGAAAUAUGGCCUCCUCUUGGCAGCUGCCAACUGGAAAGACCAGCUGGGUACUUUUUGGGCGGAUAGAUUAGGCUUGAGGGCAAGUGUGCCAUUUUGCUGCUUGACAUGGGUAACUAGGUAUAUGCUGUUGGUGCUUGUCGGUGCUGGAAUUUUCAGAUAUUUUCUGGAUGACAUACCCUGUAGUUCUCCAUUCUGGGAAACCUACUUGAUUUACACACACCUUGCAGACACCUAAAUGUGGCUCGCCUAGGAGAGAAGGCCUAAACAGGAAGGUUCUGAGGCUUAGCGAGGCCACACUCCACCCAAGCUCUUGUUCCCGCCCCAGCGUUGUUCUUUCUGAACUGAAAUCUGGGUGGAGCUGACCUUCUGAGCCACCCAGCUGAGGACCUUUCUCACAGCUGAGCUACAUUAUGGUGCCUGUCAGGUGUGUGUAAGUCAGCUAGAACUCCCGGAAUGGGGAAUUAUGGGAAAUCCAAAGAAUUUCCUCGCUAGGUGCUUCAAACUUGCAGGGGUAUAUGGCGUUAGACUGUAAGCAGCUCUGUGGUGAAGCUGGUACUCUAACCAAGAUAACUCAAGGCCAGGCCACAUUUAUGAUAAAUGCAGCGUUCCAUGUUGUGUGAUUCUUCUCUUAAAAAACAAAACUGAAUUGCAUACGUGUGGGAUGGCUGAUCAGGAAGGUUUCACCCAGCUCUCUUCUAGCCCUGAGGAGAAUCUCACCCCCGUCCUUUCUCCUUGUCAUGGAAGUAAGAUGCUGUGACAGCACCUUCCCUCCUUGCUACAUGUGGAACAUGGCCUGUUUGUGCCAAAUCAAGGGACCCUUCCUCUCCCAUGGCAGUUCCGAGCCUGAUGGUGCCUUCCUUGCAUCAGCUAUUUUUUUUUUUGGCGGGGGGGACGUUUCGAAAACAUAAGAGCAAUCUGCAUUGACUAUAAUGUGUCAUUUGGCCUUGGUGGACUCAGAGUAGGGAAUCCUAAAUCACGGCAACGGGAAGGCUGCACCUCCUACGGAAAGUUGCUCUUCUGGACUACAGUUCCCAGAAUUCCUAACCGGCCUGGCUGGCCGAAGAUUUGCAAACGUAUAAAAUGUUUACGGUCUCACCUAACUGUGCCUGCCUGCCUUGGUUGCCUGUGGCAUGUCAAGAGCCUUACAAGCAAUACCCUCUGGUUUACAAACAUUUACUGGGUCACUUAAGACCCCCGUUCUGAAGCUUGCCAUAAGCUGCUGCUGGACAGGUAGCAAUUCUCAAGUAGCAAUAAGAUCAACAAUUGUCUUGCCCUGUGCCCUCGGUAGACAACUUCAAACUUGCAGGGGUUGUUGAAUUGCAACUCCCGGAAUCCCUAACAGACCUAGUACUAGGGGAUUAUGGGAUGUGCAAGGCCAGCAACAUCUGGAAGGCAGUAAUUGCCCACCCCUGUUCUAUGCAGAACCUUUUCUUGGUUUCUGCUGCUGCUGCUUCUCUUUCAAGCUGUGCACUAAUUUGCAAAAACAACUCUCUCUGGCCGGCGUGCUCUCGGUGGGCCUGCAUGGGCUCAAGCGCACAGUUCCCUACUUAAACAAGGUGCUUUUUGUAAAUAACUCCCUCCUCCCCUGAAUGCUGUUUUGUUGUUCAAUGUACAUAAUUACAUUUUAAAGGGACGGCUUAAACAAUGCCACUUGAACUUCCAAAUGUUGUAAGGUUGAUACUAGUGCCUUUACAGUGGCAAAACAAAGACCAUUCUGCUAGUUUUG